AUUAACCACAAUUCACCUAGGCGUGCUGUGACGUCACAUGGGACCGUUUCCUUCAAAUUGGGACUUGUUGGUUUUGGGUACCUCAUCUCUUUUCUUCUAUGCGAUGAUAUUAUCAAAAGUUGUCCGAGUGACGACAGACGUGAAGGCAACUGACGAUCCAAAAUGGCGAACCACAACAAGGAUCUGGAAGAGGAGCUCUACGACAAGGUCGUCGAUCUGACCGAGUACGCCAAACGUCAGCGAUGGUGGAGCCGCCUGUUCGGCAAGACGUCCGGCCCGGUAGCGGAGAAGUACUCGGUGGCCACACAGAUCGCCAUAGGCGGAUUCAGCGGAUGGUGUGCAGGCUAUCUCUUCCAGAAGGUUGGGAAAGUUGCUGCCACCUCUGUGGGCGGAGGACUUCUGUUGUUGCAGAUAGCAAACAAUAGCGGCUACAUCCAAGUGGACUGGAAGCGAGUAGAAAAGGACGUGAACAAAGCCAAGAAGCAGAUCAAGAAGAACACGGAUAAAGCGGGUCCGGAGCUGAACACGUUAGUUGAGAGGUCCACAGAGUUUGUGAAGAAAAACAUCGUGGUCACGAGCGGCUUCGUCGGAGGCUUUCUACUCGGCCUGGCGUCGUAGGCCCGCGUCCGCGACCCACGGAUACGAUGUUGCUCGCCGGCGACGGACGGGCUGACGGGACGUGUCCAGCAAUCCUGUAGCUGCCUUGUCGGCAUAGGCUCCACCCCUUUUCAUCUCCAUGUAAAGAUGCUGUACUUCCACUUUUAAGAAGCACUAUCAUUAUGGGCUACGACACUGACUCCUUGUACCGGGACAAAUAAUUGCCCUUUGCGUUACAGUGGGGGUGUUCAAACUUCAUCAAUGAGCCAAUAUUUAUUAAAAAAAACAUGGGGCCCCAAAUGACCCUUGAGCUGGACUUUGGACACCCCUGUAAUCAAUCUACACAUGAAAAUGGUUGCAACAUUGGUUUGUAUUUUUGCCACGAGUCCAAGUUCCACAUUGUGGUCUUGUGCCGCGUCAAUCAAAAGUCAAUGGAUCCUAUUUGAAGUGAAUUUUCAUCCCGAUUGGUUUGGAAUUAUUUUGCCAUUUGUAUGCUUUGUAAAUGAGCAAUAAGUUCAUGCUUAAUGUAUAACGCACGUCGCUCGUUCUAAUGUAUGUUUGAAGAACAAAUAAAAAUACAUUUGAACUUGAA